CAGAGGCAGUUUGUGCUCGGAGCAGGAUCUGAGAGCAGGUGAAGUUCAGGAACACUGACAUGGACCUGAAAAGGAUUUUCUCUCUUCUGCUUCUUUUUUCUUGCUCUUCAGCUGCAACUCCAGCUCGAAACAGGAGUCGAUUGUAUCUAGGUGUUGAAGACCCAGAGAAUGCAGGUCAAGUUAUUCUUACAGAGUCGGACUCGAGUGCCCUGAAGAGCCAACUCACCACCGUCUUCUUCCCGAUAGUUUACAUCGUUGUGUUUGUGGUGGGACUUCCUGCAAAUGGAAUGGCUGUGUGGGUCUUCCUGUUCAGGACUAAGAAGAAGCACCCGUCAUCCAUCUACAUGGCCAACCUGGCUCUGGCUGACCUGCUCUUCAUCAUUUGGCUCCCUCUAAAGAUUUCAUACCACCUCAACGGCAACAACUGGACCUACGGGGAGCCACUGUGCAAAGUCCUGGUUAGUUUUUUCUACGGGAACAUGUACAGUUCGAUCCUGUUCAUUACCUGCCUCAGUGUGCAGAGGUACUGGGUGGUGGCGCACCCUCUGUCAAGACAUCGAAAGAACAACAAGGUUGCUGUUGGUGUCACGGUGGCCAUCUGGGCGUUCAUUUGGCUCACCACGACUCCCCUGUACUUGUAUGAUCACACGGCCAAGGUCAAAGAUCCCAACAUCACCACCUGCCAUGAUGUCAGCGUCAUCAAGGACCUCGGUGACCCAUUCCUAUCUGAAUCGGUCCGGCUCCCGUUCUUCUACUUCAUCUUCAUGGCUACGUUUGUUUUCUUCGUCCCUUGCAUCGUGAUUCUUGUGGCGUACAUCCGAUUGCUCAAAGCUCUGGGGGAAAGCAUGGAGGAGAGCACGGCGGGGAAGAACCGGCACAAAGCCGUGGUGUUGAUCGUGAUGGUCCUGGUGACGUUUCUGGUUUGUUUUCUACCCAGCAAUAUCAUGCUGGUGGUUCACUACACCCUGGUUAAGAACAAACAGUUGGAUAACGGGUAUGGCUUCUACAUCACCACGCUGUGCUUGGCGAGCCUCAACAGCAUCCUGGACCCGUUCAUGUACUACUUUGUGUCGGACGACUUCAGAGACCACGUGAAGAACACCCUGCUGUGCCGGAGCAGCCGGACGGUAGAGAGGAUGAGGGUUUCCUUCAGUUCCAUGAAAUACUCCAAGAAGAGCAAGUCAUUUGUGUCCAACUCCAGGAACACGGAGAGCAGCACCAUUUAGACGGGAGUUAGUUUUCACUCAGGGUUGGGCGGACCUGGUGGAACUGGGACAGACUCGGGCCAACGCAGCUCAGCAGGGAACCAAAGAACAAACGUUAAAUGUGAAGAAGACUGCAGCUUGUUACAAGCGUGGCCUCGUUCUGAGCCACUGGAACUUUUGGUGUUAAAUGCCGCACUGUAAAUGACUGACAUGUGACCCAUCGCGUCAAAUCGGGGAUUCAAUUAUAUUUUGUCCAACUUUCAGAUUCCUGGCGUUAAGCUACAGUUCAGUACCUGGAUCAUCGUGCAGUCAUGAGUUUGAUUUGUCUUGCUUAAUGAGAAGAGUCCAGAAAAAUGGGUCCGAAUGCUGUUUUUAGUACGGUAUGUUCUGAUGAGGGUUCCUUGACGUCAUUUGAAAGAGGAAACCUGAAACCAUAUUUAGAUAAACAGGAUGUCCCGGCUGGUAGAAGUCACAGUAAACUACAGUACUCCUCGGUUUGAUGGGAUGGGUCACAUCUGAGUGCUGUUGGUCGGACAUUGUUCAGGUUAUUGUUGCUUUUUCGACAAAAAACAAACGGCAUCCCCCUCAAGAAACAAACAAACUGACGAUUACUUCAGAAACUGAAUCUGUACAGGCACAUUAUUCAACCGAGGGACUAAAAGCAUUUAUGAGGAAAUAUUUAUUUUUUUAUUAAAACGUUUGUAUAUAUGUUUCUGCUUUUAUGACGUUCUUAUAACCAGUCGUUCGUUUAAAGCUUCUUGUGUUACACAUGUUUGAAAGUGAGCUGAUAUUACAUAUGUUUUUCAAUAAAUAGCAACAGAAACUGUUAGAAAGUAUAAUUUCUCGUCAUAAACGUGAAUUAUUGACUCCUGUGGAGAUGUGAGGAAACUGGAACGUGUUAACGUUUAACGGAACAAAGUGCACAGAAACGUGGUGUGAAUAAAAGUAGCAUGUGGUGAUGACACACAACAGACUGGUUUAAGGAAUGCUGAGCUAACGGGGCGUGUUUCAGACAAGUCAUCGUCUCACUGGUUUCAGUGUUGAAACCAGUUUCACCUGCAUCUGAAGUGCUAUCUGGAGUUUCAGCAGCAGUGUUGGGAGCCUCACACCUUUCCCUUCGACAGCUCAGGUUACAGUUUUAUUUUUAGUUGAGCUCUCUAGCAAUAUAUGCUCUGAUUAAAGGCUUAGUGUUGCACGUCGCCCGCCACCUUUCAUGUCAGCGUUUUAGUUUAAGAUCAUGUUGGAAACUGAGAUGAGACACUGAAGGUGGUUGUAGAGCACGGCUGUUCCGCUAAACUGCUCAGGGGCCACAGUUACUGACAUCCAGCAGUUCAAGUCAUUAAGUCAAUAAACCAAGUUUUAUAAUCUCUUUAAAUGUGUUUAUUUUCUUGCAUUGAAUCAAUAAAUA